CGGAAGUCGACGAAAAUAGCAUCUUUCACCGUGCUCUCAGCUUGGUUUUAGCGUAAAUACAAAACAGAGGAUCUUUUGGUGGCGUUUGCUUCGAGUUGGACACAAAACAGUUCAUGGGAAGUUUCCAAUGCAUUCUUAAAAAGCUUUGAAAUACAAUAGCAACUUUCUACAAUCGUCAUAUCAAUUGGCAAGACGGGAAGUCAACCCACGGGAACCGAUUUUCCUCGUGCAUUACUCUGUGCCGUAAUCGAGAUCUACAAAGACUGUCCGCUCGGAUAGAGAGUUUCUGUAGUAAAGAAAUAUGCAGAAGCGACAAGAGACUCAAGACUUGCCGUCAAUGGAAGCGGAAAGCAUGAAUUCACAAAUGUCUUACAGUUCUGCUGAAUUUAGUGAUCGAGGCAACAGCUUUAAUGGGUUCGAAGAGAAUUCGCAGCACAUAAACAAUGCCAACAUAUCUGAAAUGCUUAAUCAACAACCGAAUUUGGUCAGCUAUAAAAAAAGAUUAGAAACCUUUACACGAUGGCCAUCCAGCAGCCCUGUAAAACCCACCGAUUUGGCCGCAGCCGGGUUCUAUAGUGUCAAUUUAGACGAUCGAGUUGCGUGUUUCAGGUGUAAUUUGCAUUUACGGCAGUGGAACGUAGGAGAUGAUCCGUGGAUGGAACACAAACGACUUCGGCCUUCCUGCCCUUUUAUUAAAGAAGGUGAAAAUUUGAACGGUCACGUAGUAACUUGUAACCCUGUAGAAGCUUCAACAGGUGUUCGAGAACCAGUCCAUCCACCGUUUCCAACAGUAACGCACGCAAGAUAUGGAGAUCAUGUGUAUCUUACCGAAAGAGAUCCCCCAGUGAAUCGUGAGAGGUUGAUAUAUCCCGAAAGGCCACAGUAUGUUACACACGGGAGUAUGUUUGAUACCCAGGAGCUGCAUUACCCUGUGGAAACUCGAACCGGUGUCCCGCAGGAUUAUUAUGAUCUUAGAAGAAGACCACAAGAGUUUCUCGGAAAAGAUCCCAUGCCUGUUGAUUUUCAACGCUGUCCAGAGCACGAGCAAACCGCUACAGAAAGAAAUCAGCAUGUUGUGGUGAGACAGGGAGCCAAUCAGAUUCACAUUGUGGGACCGGCUGUCUACCAGCUUAACCCAGAGGACGAACUUAACAUACAAAAAGGAGAGCAUGGCUUCCACCCGCAGAUUAGGACUGAGAGAGAUUUGAGACAAGUAUACCCAGGGCCUCAACGGACAGGCCGAGUGCCACCAUCGACGGAGACGAACUUCACAGGUUCACAUCCUUUUCCCAGAGACCCUUACCGGUACAUUUCGGAAGAGCAAAGAUCAGGCACGAACCAGUUUAAACAGUCCGUCAUAUCUUAUCCACCAAGCUAUUCUGGAACGUUUCCAAAUCAAACUGGGUAUCAGCGUUCAGAAAGUGUAACGAACGAAAGUCCGGUGAAGUUCCAUAAAGGAAACCCAAGUGAAAAGAACCCGAGCAAAUCUGAAAACGAUAUUGUCGAGGCAAGACCCACUCAACCACCCUGUAACUGGCAGCAGUUUCCGCCGGGUCGAAAUGUUCCUGGCUCAAGAAGGCAAUCCCAAGGGUAUUAUCCAGCUUUUCCAGUCAAAGACCCCAGCCUCCAGACUGAAGAGCUGCCUUUGAUAAGACAGGAAUACGCUCGCCAUGUGUCGUCACCAUCUGACUUGUCUAAUGAGCAUCAUCGUCUGACGACAUAUGUGGAUUGGCCGCAUAAUCACCAUAUUCGUCCGUGGGAUCUUUCGGCUGCCGGGUUCUAUUACUUGGGUACUGGCGAUUCCGUCAAGUGCUUCAAAUGCGGCAUCAUGCUGCACAACUGGGAACCCAGUGACACUCCUUGGGGGGAGCAUCAGAAGUGGUCUACGCAGUGUCCUUUAGUACUAGAGCACUUAAGAGAGCGUCCUCAGGCACCUACUCCAAGCACUCCAGCCGAACAUGCUGUACAACGUGUUCCUUCGGUGCAAAAUGAACGUCCGAGUUGGCGCCCUGGACAGAGUCAGAGCGGACAAGAUCUACAUACGCCGAUUAGAAGUGGUAACACAUCGCCCCUUCAGGGAACUUGGAAUACCUCUGAGAAGUACCCAGCAUGCACCAUGCCUAACUCAGCCAAUGGGUGGAAUCCUUCAACGGAACAGCGUUAUUCACAGUGGCAUAAUCAAACAGUCACUACGUCAUCGCAUGAAAGUUACAUGACCAAUGAGAGUCAGACUCGAUUUACUGGAGGAUCAAGUUCAAGAGCACCCAACGAAGUAACGCAGGAACCACGGUCUUGUUCUCCCAGGGGAAGCACUGCCAUGGAACUUGACAUGGAGAAACUAGGGGAGAUGGGGUUCACUCAGCGUGACAUACAAGAGGCAGUUGCUGCUAAAAUUGGAUCCACAGGAUCCAAUUUCAGCACGUUUACUGAGCUCGUUUCCGCUCUCCUAGAGAGGCAGCUGGCAGGAGCACCCACCUUUGGAUCCUGUGCGCAGCUAACGCCACAAGAAGGUGAAGAGCGGCCUCCUCGUCCCCAUCUCAACAUUCCCGAGAGACAACCCAGUCCUCGAGAGGAUGAAGAUCUCCGAAAGAAGAACUGUUUGAGUGCUGUGACGUCUCCCACUACUCCAGUUCCUCGUAGGGACAAUCUGCGAAGAACCCUUAGUGCGCCUGCAUCAGGAUCAUCGGAUACUGAAGAGUCGCUUGAGGAGAAGCUGGAGCGAAUGCAAGAAGAACGCACAUGCAAGAUCUGCAUGGACGCUGAAGUGGGAAUGGUGUUUUUGCCCUGCGGCCAUUUGAGCUGCUGUCCUGAUUGUGCACGUGGAAUGGACUUCUGUCCUAUGUGCCGCGGACCGAUAAUAGAGAAGAUUCGUACGUAUCUAUCUUAAAACAGCUGUUUUCAUUGACUCUCUAUUUCAUUGGAGGCUCGUAAACCUGUUAAACUUUGAGAAAGAGGCAAAUCGGAGGAGCUAUUCUUUUGCGUCGUUUUAGACUCUGAACGCAGAUUUUUCUUAGCCACAUAUACCUGAGAGAAAAGCUUACUUGCGUGAAUUCAACGAGUCGUAAUAUUGUUGCUCCCCAAGUUAACUUAACUGCUUGCAAAAACUGAA